GCACUCCUCCUAGCUGCAUAAGGGAAUACUUUUGAAUCCAACGCAUUUUGGCCUGAAUCCCAGCAGAAAACACACGGAAACAAGAACGCUGAAAUCAUGGCGGGGAAACCUAAGCUGCACUAUACCAAGGGAAGGGGGAAGAUGGAGUCAAUCCGAUGGCUGUUGGCAGCAGCUGGGGUUGAGUUUGAGGAAGAUUUUAUAGAAACAAAGGAAGACCUAGAAAAAUUACGCAAUGAUGGCUCCCUGCUGUUUCAACAAGUGCCCAUGGUGGAGAUGGACGGGAUGAAGAUGGUGCAGACCAGAGCCAUCCUCAGCUACAUAGCAGCCAAGCACAACCUCUAUGGGAAGGACCUGAAGGAGAGAGCCUGGAUUGAUAUGUAYGUGGAGGGAACGACUGACUUGAUGGGAAUGAUCAUGUAUCUCCCUUUUCAAACAGCUGAAGUAAAAGAGAAGAAUCUUGCCUUAAUCAUUGAACGUGCUAAAAACAGAUACUUUCCUGUCUAUGAAAAGGCCUUAAAAGACCAUGGACAUGACUAUCUUGUUGGCAACAAAUUAAGCUGGGCUGACAUCCAUCUGCUGGAAGCCAUUUUAAUGGCAGAAGAAUGUCAGGCUGAUAUACUUUCUGCAUUCCCUCUGCUGCAGGCUUUUAAAGGAAGGAUAAGCAACAUUCCAACAAUUAAAAAGUUCUUGCAGCCUGGCAGCCAGAGGAAACCACCAAUGGAUGAGAAGUCUGUUGCACGUGUGAGGGCAAUAUUCAAUUUCUAAUGGGGGUGGUUGCUGAAGACCAUGCAAGUGCAGUGUAGUGGCUGACCUAUGUCUCCUAGGUGUGAACUGCACACAUAUACUCUGGGGCUUGCAUCAUAUAGCUGGUCACGUGAAAAUCUCUUAAUCAAAAAGUAUAUUUUGCUUCAAAGGCUGAUGACUGUAGCUGAGCUGUAGCUAUUGAUUUCAGAAAAUAGUAUU